AUGUUGGUUGCGGCGCUCGCGGCUUUGUUGGCCGUACAAGGGGCCGCUGCACUGCAAGCCACCACCACCACCGACAUUCCACGCUGGUGUGGAAAGCCAUACGAGAGCGGAUCCCCCAAUUCCAUUCCCAGCGGCUGGCUGGACGCCCCCGAGCCCUUGGCAACGCAAUCCUUGUAUGUGCAGGUUGAGCCGCGGUACAACAUCUAUGUAUCGUCCGAGAAGACAGGUUCGUUCAUCGUUGAUGCUGCACUGUCACAGUACCAUGGCCAGCCCUAUCACCAAGACAUUCAAGUCCCGGGUUUGGCGUCUCAGCUGUUCACAGACCUGUAUUUCACCAUCACAGUGGAAUCGACAGGCCAAGUCCUUGUAGCGAAUGCCGUCACUGUAAACACCACCGACAAUCUGUUCGACUUCGAUAUCAGUCUGCUGGAGCCGCGAUUCGAUGCCUACGACAUCAAACUGUAUGGUCUAUCCUUGGAUGGACUGCAAGUGUAUACGGCAACAACGCAAUUGUACUAUCUGCCUGACAAGUUAACGGGCAGUGUGACCAAAAUCGACAAUUUGAAUGGCGGGUUGCUCUUCAAGAACAACGCCACCAACUUUGAAUUUGUUCCAUUCUUUGCCUUUGGGUUCUACACCAACUAUGGCGGUUAUCUGGAGCUCAGUCUUGAGAAUGUCAAGGCAUACUACGACCUAGGAUAUACCGCAAUCCAUCCCAUUCCGUCGUUCUCAGCCAACCUGACCACGAUUCUAGACUACCUGGAUGAAUUGAACUUGUUGUUCCAGUAUGACAUGCGCGGAACAUAUACGAAUUUGACCUCGGUCGCUGAACAGGUGACUAUGGUCAAGGACUAUAGUAGUCUGUUGGUAUAUUAUACAGCUGACGAGCCAGAUGGAAACCAAGACCCGUUGAAUUCUACCAGUCUUGCGUAUGACACCAUCACAAAGCUUGACAAAUACCACCCAAUCGGACUGGCGCUGAACUGUCAAAAUUAUUACUUUGAGGAUUACUCCGCAGGAGCGGAUUAUCUGAUGGAAGACGCCUAUCCAAUUGGUAUCAAUGCAACCUUUUCCAAAAAAUGGGACACGCCAUGUAACGUCACUUAUGGAGACUGCGGCUGUGACAACUGCGUUGGUGAGCUGCAAGAUGUCUCUAAUCGCUUGGAUGAUUUUGCCCUUUACCAAGAAUACCUCGGACAAUGGCCCAAGCCUCGCUGGGCGGUCCCGCAAUCAUUCGACGGCGAAGAGUACUGGAGUCGGGAUCCGACUGUCAAUGAGACCUGGGUUAUGAAUCAAUUGGCCGUAAAUCAUGGCGCAAAGUCAAUCAUGCUAUGGACAUAUCCGACAACGGAUGUUCUCGCUGCUGCGAAUUCGCAGCAAUCCAAAGUUCUGGCAAAUUCGCCAGCGCUCGACUUUGUGACUGGCGCAAAACCCAAAGCAAUUCCCAUCAAGGGCAACGAUUUGCUAGAUGUGUCCUACUGGACUGUGGGUAAACAGAUCAUGGUGAGUGUUGUGAAUUUGGAUUAUGCAUCAACAUCGUCUGCCGUGACGAUUCCGUUGCCGUUUUGGGCAUCAUCUAUUGCAUCAAGUCCUUGGGGAUCUAUUGAGUGGGACCUUUCCGGCAACACUUUGACAGUACAAGGACUGGAUGCCCUUGCCACAAGUCUUGUGAUCUUGAAUGUAUAA